CACCCCCUGUCAGGCUCAAAGCGCAAACGCACCAACACUAAUAUACAAGGCGCUGGCAAAAAGACCAGCCAGCCACCAGCAACACCCGAAACUAAAAAGCAAAACACACGGACGUCGAGCAAAAGUCGAGUAGGCGGGACUGCUAGUAGCCACAGCAUGACAUACGGAUUCACACCCUCGAAGCACUCGUCGCAGAGCGCUGGCGCACUGUCCAACACGUCGAGGGAUCUAUCAGAGAUCCAAGAGGAACGGAAAGGACAAGCGGAGGCGGAUGUAGCAGAGCGCCUGCGGGAGGCGAGGGAUACUGUGCACGAUGUGGUGAAACCGGAGAACCCGAUGAACGACAGCCUGUCCGAUGAGCUGGUGAUAUUCACAGCCGAGUUGCUUGAGCGGUACAUACGUGGUGACGCCAUGCCGCAAGAUUUGUGUACCAGGGAAGACAAGGAGUUCCACGAUACGCUGAUGAACCUAGCAGUGUCAUUUAUGGCGUGGCUCUCUGAGUCUAGCCCACCUCCCCGUGAGUCCCUGAUGUACAAGCCAAAAAAUGCGCUGGUUUGGUUCGUUGCUCACUGUGUCAAGCAUAAACUACCCGCGCAUCCUCUUACUGCCUCCCGCUUAGUGCUUCCAGUCGAGAGCCCGGAUCGGAAGGCAGGCGACUCGGAUGACAGAACCAGACCUGACAUGAUGUUCAUUACUCGCCUCAUCGACAGCGAUCUUGAUAAAGUGCCUAAGCGGCCGUCGUAUAGCGAUGCUCUAGCGAUCAUUGAGGCCAAGCGCAGCGAGAGGCACGAGCUGGAAGCGCAGCGGCAGCUAUUCUACCAAACGCGGCAGCUCUACUUUAACCAGCCGAAUCGUCGUUUCGCAUGGGGAUUGACCCUAUGCAACAAGACUGCCUGCGCGUAUCUGUUCACCAAUGACGACGUUUUCCGGACGCCAGAUAUGGAUUUGGGCAGCCCUUCUGGUCGCCACUCGUUUGUCCAGCUGCUGGUCAGGUUCUCGCUGUGUGAAACACACCAGCUCGGGUACGACUCCAAUUUCGUGGAGCUGGGUAGUGGCAAAUGGAAGAUCAUCUGCCAUGACGGUGACGAUCGCAAGGAGUACUACGUCACUGACAUACCGGUGCGAGCUGAGCGACUGUUUGGGCGGCACACUCGCUGCUUCAUUGCAUCACCGACGGACCCUUGGACGAGCGAUUCCAACGAGGAGAAUGUGGAGAGAGUCGCAAUCAAGGACGCGUGGUCACGGGCUACCGAAUCAGAGAAGGACGACGUCCGCGAUGAGGUGGCGAUGAUGCGCAAGUUUGACACGGAGCUCUGCGGCAUGAAGGAGAGCGACGACUUGAUCUACCCAGAAGUCAUGAUAGGUGGUCGUAUUACCUAUGUCAACGGCGAAGGUGCUGUCACCAGCGACAAUACCAAGCAUAUCCUCAAGGCGCCACUGUCUGAGAGCUUCUCCGACAUCUGCUUCCGCGCCCAUAAGGUUAUCGUCAUGACCCCCGUCGGCCGCGACCUGAGUGGCCUCGAGUCAGCUAAUGAGCUCAUUCAGGUCGCUGCCGAUGUGAUGCAGUUUCACUCAGCCUUAGUCAAGCACUGCAAUAUCCUGCAUCGCGACAUAUCUGACAGCAACAUCCUGCUAGUCGAGAAGGAUGGCCGGCAACGCGGGAUGCUGAUCGACUUUGAUUAUGCACUGGAUAUGAGUAUCGAGGGACAGACGGCACACAAGGAUCGCACUGGCACGCUCCCUUUCAUGAGCGUUAACAACCUAUUGGCUUCCGAUGCUCCACGGACGGCGCUCGACGACUGGGAGUCGAUGCUCUAUCUACUUUGCUGGAUCGGAACGUUCUGGGUCAACGACGAGUAUAAGAGAGCCGAUGAAUUCCAGGAUGCGCUGCAGAUUAACAGGUGGAGGACAGGAAGUACUGAGGCAAUUACAGAAGCGAAGCGUGGCCAUCUCCACUCGAAAAAGCUCUUUGCAAGUCAAAUUGCCAAAAAGUUCCACCCAGGUAUCCCUGGAUGCAAGUACCUUCAUACUCUUGUACAGCAGCUCCGUUCCGCGCUCAUUGACAGCGAUAUCAGCAUUCCAAAUAUCUGUGGGGCUAGCACUAUGGAUCCGCCAGAGCCUGAAGAUGGUGAUUUUGAGUCGUAUCUAGAUCAGAAGGAUAUUGACCCGUUUUUCGAGAGGGCCAGGGACAAAGAUAUUGUUGAGAGCAUCUCGGCAUGCCUCUUGAAGAUACUGGGAGAUGCUGCUCGGAAGACUUCGACUAACUAGAUCAUUCUUUCGGGCUUUAUUGUAACUUGCAUCCAAUAUUAUUGCUAGCCUGUGAAUAAGAGGUCAUGUGCUUAAGGUGGUAGCCUUCAGAUAUGGGGUAGGUAUUUAC